AUGGAGUUCAUCAACCACUGCAAAUGUAUCUAUUUGGCCUUGAUCAUCAUGUUGGGGGCCUGGUCUUCUGAAGCUACUUCCCGCAGUCUCCAAGAUGUAAUAAUGUAUGGCAGAUACGAGCAAUGGAUGGCUCGUUAUGAACGUGUAUACAGUGACUUUGACGAGAAGGAGAAGCGCUUCCAGAUAUUCAAGGAAAAUGUUGCUUUUGUAGAAUCUUCCAAUGGCGAAGCAAACAAACCUUACAAAUUAAGCGUCAAUAGAUUUGCAGACCUUACAAAUGAAGAGUUUACAGCCUCAAGAAAUCGGUUCAAGGGGCAUGAGUGUUCCACAGAGACCACUUCUUACAAAUAUGAAAACGUUACUGUGCCAGCUACAAUGGACUGGAGACAGAAAGGAGCUGUGACUCCCAUCAAGGACCAAGGCCAAUGUGGAUGCUGUUGGGCAUUUUCAGCAGUAGCAGCCAUGGAAGGAAUCACUCAACUAACAACUGGUAAAUUGAUUUCUUUGUCCGAACAAGAGUUAGUUGACUGUGAUGUCAAUGGUGAAGACCAAGGGUGUGAGGGAGGCUUGAUGGAUGAUGCAUUUCAGUUCAUCAAUCAAAAUCAUGGACUUAGUACUGAGGCUAAUUACCCCUAUACUGGUGUUGAUGGUACAUGCAAUGCGCAGAAGGAAGCAAGCCAUGCAGCCUCAAUCACUGGCCACGAAGAUGUGCCUGCAAAUAGUGAAAGUGCACUGCUUAAGGCUGUUGCCAAUCAACCUAUUUCUGUUGCCAUUGAUGCUAGUGGAUCCGAUUUCCAAUUCUAUUCAAGUGGUGUAUUCACAGGAACCUGCGGAACAAGCCUAGACCAUGGUGUUACUGCUGUUGGUUAUGGCGUCAGCGAUAAUGGGACUAAGUAUUGGUUGGUAAAGAACUCAUGGGGGGCAGAAUGGGGUGAAGGAGGUUACAUAAGAAUGCAAAGAGAUGUUGAUGCACAGGAAGGUCUCUGUGGCAUUGCUAUGGCAGCCUCUUACCCAACUGCCUAA